AAAACGAGGCUCGCAUCGUGAUCCUGUUCGUCGAAAAUAAGAAGAAAUCCAACGUAUUUUGUCUAUUUUCACUUGAUUAAAGAUUGCUUUGGCGUUCAUUACAUAUCCUAUGAUAGCUUCUUCAUUCAAGAACUCACUCAAUAAUAAAAUUUAAGCCGAAAUGGCGAAGCGGGAGUCCAGUUUUGAUAUGUCCACCAACUGGCCAGUGGAAAAAAAGAAGAAACGAAGGAGCAGAUGGGGAACACAAACAGAAACAGAGAAGAUAUUUAUUCCUGGUAUGCCAACGACUCUCCCACCAAACCUCUCUAAAGAACAGGAAGAGCAGUAUCUUUUGCAUCUGCAGAUAGAAGAGAUUAGUAGACGCCUGCGCACAGGAGACCUUGGGAUCCCAGCCAACCCAGAAGACAGGUCACCAUCUCCAGAGCCUAUAUACAACAAUGAAGGGAAACGAUUGAACACUCGUGAAUAUCGUACCCGCAAGAAGCUAGAGGAGACAAGACACAGUUUCAUACAGAAAGCAGCAAGUUUGAACACUGAAUACAAACCACCUGCAGAUUACAAGCCCCCAGUAAUCCGAGUCAGUGACAAAGUAAUGAUUCCCCAGGAUGACCACCCAGAUAUCAACUUUGUUGGAUUGCUUAUUGGACCAAGAGGAAACACAUUGAAGAAUCUAGAGAAAGAUACUGGUGCUAAGAUCAUCAUUCGAGGUAAGGGUUCGGUGAAGGAGGGCAAGAUAGGACGUAAAGAUGGACAGCCACUUCCUGGUGAGGAUGAACCCCUUCAUGCAUACAUCACCGCAAAUAACCCAGAGAAUGUCAAGAAAGCUGUGGAGAAGAUCAAGGUUAUCAUAGAGCAGGGAAUUGAGGUACCAGAAGGUCAGAAUGACUUGAGACGUCAACAACUGAGAGAACUUGCCCUUCUUAAUGGUACACUCAGAGAGAAUGAUGGAUUAAAUAAGCUGAAACAGUUGGCCCAGGCACAAACUAUAGUGACCAAUACCAUCAUAUGCCAGGUGUGUGGAGGGGCAGGGCAUUUAGCACAGGACUGUAAACAGAGAAGGCCUGGUGACUCCCUGAGACAGGCUCUAGCACAGAAUCAGAAUACACAACCUGUAGACAAGGCAAAAAUGGACAGUGAGUACAUGUCCUUGAUGGCUGAACUAGGGGAGGGUCCACCCCCCACUGCUCCUGCUACAGCUGCUGCCCCUAGGCCUAAUAUGAUACCCCCCAACUCAAGAUUCGGGGCACCCCCACCAGACACCCGUCCAUCUGACAGGCCACAGAGGUUUGAAGUACCACCCCCAUUGAUGCAGCAACAGACAUUACAGAGUCAGCCUCCCUGGCAACAACAACAGCAGCCCCCAAAUCAAGCCCCGCCAAGACCUGCUCCCCCUAGUCUGAUGAACCUUAACACUCACCCCCCUCCCAGCCUUGGCCAGCCACCCCCAAACUUCAACAUGCCCCCAGGAGCACAACCCCCACAGCAACAACAGCAGCAACCACCCCCAAUGGGAAUGUCUCAGCCACCCCCUUUGAUGUCUGCCCCCACUGGUCUGCCACCCCCUUGGCAGCAAUCUGUUCAGACCACCCCACAGACAAUGCCAACAACAAACCCUACAUAUACUGGUGUUGCACCCCCCAGUCUAUUGAGUGCUCCUCCGCCUCCACCCCCAAGCAGUCAACCUCUACCCUGGCAGCAGCAGCCGCAGCCACCAACAUCUAUGUCAAUGUCGGCCCCUCCACCAUGGCAACAACCUCCCUCAGCAGUGGCCCCACCCCCUCCACCCACUUCUUCCUCCAUACCACCCUGGCAGCAGCCUCAUCCAGUAGCUCCUCCCCCUCCACCCCCUAACUCCUCCUUCAACCCUGUAGCUCCGCCCCCUCCUCCACCCUCAGGGAUGGAUCACAUGAAUAACAUGGGAAUUGCUCCACUAUUAGGGGUUCCCCCACCCCCUCCCCCAAACUAAAAUCAUGAAGUUUUAACCUAACCAUUGUAGCUGAGCAUUCAUAGUUUAUUCGAAAGAAUGAUAUAAAAUUAGCAUCACAAAUCCAGAUAUUGUAAAACAAUUGUGAAUAUCUGAUAGUGGAAUGUCAUGAUUGAUAUAAUUUAAUUUCUUACAACAAAUAAAAGUGACCUUGAGUGG